GUUUGGUAUGAAAUCGAAGCAGAAUCUCACUUUAAUCUAUCUGUCUUUUUUAUUCUGCUUCAUGCGUUAGCUUUUGGUUUUUCUUCUCUUCAUGGUUACUCUUUGAGUUUGUUAUAGGGUUGUGUUUGCUUCGAUGGGUAUUUGUAUUAUUGUUGGUUUUGUAGUAAUCAUCACAUAUACAUCUUUGUUUGAAUCUGAAAGGUUUUUCAGUCUAUAGAAGUUGUUUCCAUAUAUGGAUAGGAUUAGUAAUCUGUCUGAUGAUUUGCUUUUGAAGAUUGUUUCAUCACUUCCUACCAAAGAUGUUGUCGUCACAAUGCUUUUGUCAAAACGUUGGAAGUUUCUUUGGAUGAUGGUUCCAAAGCUUCGUUUUGAUGAUGAGUUUGAACUUGAGCCUUCCUAUUACGGGAGAUUUCUCAAGUAUGUAGACAAAUCAAUGGUGUUGAAUAGAGCUCAGGUUCUAGAAACAGUGAAGUUCAACGUUGGUCCUUGUUGUAGCUCUGAAGAUAUAGCAACAUGGAUCAGAAUCGGAAUGGUUCGCAAUAUGCGUGAACUUGAAAUAUCACAUUGUGAAGGAUAUUUCAGGGAACAUAGGUCAAUCAAACUACCAAAGAGUCUUUAUACAUAUGAAAAACUCGAGGUCUUGAAACUCGCUUCCACGGUAGUUCUGAAUGUUCCUAUCGAUGUUUGUUUUCCAUCCUUGAAAUCAUUACACCUUGUGUGUGUAGAGUACAAAACCAAAAAGUCUCACCGCAGGCUUUUGUCGGGUUGUCCUGUUCUUGAAGAGUUGGUGUUGGACAAAUCUUAUAACAGUUUCCAUGUGCGGUCUUUCUAUGUAGAAAUACCUACUUUACAGAGCUUAUCUAUUCUUGAUACAUCUGGAGAACUGUACGGUGACUUUACGUUUGUGGUCAAUGCCCCAGCUUUGAAGUACUUCAACUUUGUAGACUUCUAUGGCGACUUGUGCUUGAGAGAUAAUAUGCCUGAGGUGGUUGAUGUGAAUAUUAAAGUCAUUUACAGAAAUCCCAAGAAGCUAUUGGGACCUCUUAAAUCAGUCAAGCGUCUCUCUUUAUGUUUAUCUCCUUCGACGACGCUUCAUAACCAUAUGGAGUUCUAUCAGCUUGUUCAUUUGGAGUUAUGUGGAGACGCUCUAAUGUGGUGGGAUCUACUUACUUGGAUGCUCCAAAGUUCUCCUAAACUACAAGUUCUCAAGAUCUACGAAUGCAAGUGUGAGGAACAUGAUUACUUAGACGAUCCAAUAGAAGAACAUUGGGAAGAACCAAGUUCAGUUCCUCAAUGUUUGUUGUUCCAUCUCAAUAUUUUCGAGUGGAAAUAUUACAACGCAGGAGAUGAAGAGAAAAAAGUAGUGGCGUACAUUCUAAAGAAUGCAAGACAGUUAAAGACUGCAACUUUCUCUGCCGCUUCAUAUUUGUAUCCGAAGGAAGAGCGUUCGCGGGAACUCAAUGAGUUGGUUUAUAUGGCUAGAGCUUCAAGCUCAUGUCAGCUUCUAUUGGAUUGAGAAAAUAAUGUAGUAGUCUUCUUGCCUGUACAUGUGCUUCAAAGAAAACUAGAAGCAUUUGGUUUGAAAGUUGGAU